AUGCGCGCACUGCUGGCACCGCAUUGCGUUUUGGAUGCAACAUUCGAGAGGAAAAAGAUUGUGGGAAACAAUUUCUAUGCACAAGAAGAAGGAACUGAACGAUUGUUUAAAAUACAAUCGUUCCGGAUUCUUGAUCCCGGUCGCACUGUAUUGGUGGAAUGGGCGUUAAGAAAAAAAUCCAAAGCAAUGAUGGACGCUGAACAAAAGGAGGAGGAGGAGGCGGAGGCAAAGGAAAACAGACGAAAAAAGAAGGCCCCAGUCAAUAAAGAAUAA